AUGGAGCAUAGGCCAUUGCUACAGAGUGUAGCGAUUUUUAUCAGUAAACAACAAAAAGACCAGCAACAACGUGCUUCAAUCGAUCAAUUAGAAAUGUCACAUCGGAAGGAUCCCACAUUUCAAAGUUUUAUUGAUAUUUACAAGAUUUCCGAUAAUGCUAGGGAAUUUGCAAGCAACUUUGAACAAUAUCUUAGCUCAUGCUUACCAGCAUAUAUCUGGAUUGGAUUGAUGUUUUCGUUAACAUUAUGGGGCCUUAUGCAUGUAAUAGUUGGUACUAUUAAUAUACCAUUUUGUCCGUCACGCUCAAUGAUCCCGAUGUUUUUAAUUGUGAUGGGUUGUUUGUAUAUUCUUUGGAGUUUGUUGCGAAUCUAUGCUUUUUGGCCACGUCCACGUGCUGAUACGUUAGGCGUUGACUUGACAUGCAAAGCGCUUGAAGGAAUAAUGAUCGUAGCUAUACUUGUUUGGCUAUUUUCUGGUAAUUUUAAGGUUGCUGCAAAUUAA